AUGGAAGCUGCAGAUACCAAACCCACUGCCAGUGGUAUUAAUAGUGGCAUUACAGACAGCCGGAGCAACUGCAUCCAAGAGACUGUCUCAUCUCCCCAUCGACAUAGUGGUUCCGUUGCAGAAUUAGCAAACAAGCAGAAUUCUGUCGAAAGCAAGAUGGGUGCCAACGUUACGGCGACCGGGGAUGCUACCAGUGCAAGUGCUUUCACUACUAGUACCACUACAGAUACUACUGUUUCCAUUGAAGCAGCUGACACUGACCUGGAAGCUCAAGCUAUACUUCAGACUGCCAAGACACAGGUAGCAGCAGAAGCAGACUGCAAAGACAAAGCUGAAUUUUCAUCUCCAGGUUUGGAACAACUGGCUUUUGAUGGCCUAGAACCAAUGCCAAUGCCCCAUCUGAGACGUACCGCCAAUGGAGAGGUGGCAGCACUAGUGAACCAACCUGCACUGACUCGUGGUAUUCGCUUAGGCCAACAGCUUCCUUCUCCAGGGGCAUACCGAGCAGCACUGGGGUCCUCCUUGCGCAGAAAUGACGAUCUCGAUUUGGCUCUGGUGGGAGCUGUUAGUGAAGCUACCUUUCCCGAUCAGCAACCACAACUAUCCAACAGCCAAUCUGCCUUGCAGAAUGCCAAUAGUACUGUCACAACAAGAUUUACAUUCUAA